AAAUAAAAGGGGCUCCUGAGGAGUCUGGUCUACAUUCUUCCUGCACAGCUCAGCAAGACCUCAGCCAUGAGACUUCUCUUCCUGACUUUCCUGGGACUCUGCUGCCUCACCACACAGGUUGUGGAAGGUGUGGGGACUGAAGUCCUAGAAGAGAGUAUCUGUGUGAGCUUUCAAACCCAGCGGCUGCCAGUUCAAAAAAUCAAGACCUAUACCAUCAGGGAGGGACCCAUAAAAGCCGUGAUUUUUGUCACCAAACGAGAACUAAAAAUUUGUGCUGAUCCACAAGCCAACUGGGUGAAAGCAGCGAUCAAGACUGUGGAUAGCAGGAACAGCUCCAGAAGGAGCAUGGCGGGAACUGUUCCCACACGAGCCCAGAGGUCCGCCAGCACAGCGAAAGCCCUGUCCGGGUAACAGCCUCAGGACAGUGUUUCCUCACUCACCAAGCACCUCAUCUCGGUUCCCAAGUCCAUGGACUAAUUAUGCUAUACUUACUUUUAAUGAAAGUGUUGCAUAAAUAAAGUUAUUUUUUUAUUUUUGAUGACAUUCAUGUUCAUUUCAAACAUUAUAAGUAAUAAAUAUUUAUUAUUGA